GGGAUAAGGAAAGCAAAGGCAGGGUAUUUUAUAAUAUACAAAAAAGCGUAGGGGGAAGGAAAAACUGCUUUGGGUGCAGCAGGAGGGAUGCUGUAGUCAUCACCAGAAUAAGACUCGGACACUGUGGUCUUAGAAGUGGGCUGGCUCUGAUUGGGAAACACCCCGAUGGACAAUGUGAAUGUGGAGAGACAGAGACUGUGACACAUGUAAUGUUACACUGCAAGAGAUACUCAUCUCAAAGGAGGAAACUUUUCAGGAAUCUGGGUGCAGCUGGAGAGACUGUUUUCAGCAUGCACACACUGCUGAAUCUGGAAGACUGGAACAAUAUGAAGAAGCUUCUGCAGUAUCUGCACUCCAUUGGAGUAUACAACAGAAUAUGAUUGAGUAUUAACAGAAAUCGCAUGGAACAGUAGAGGGCAGCAAUACGCCUUGGAUGCGUCUAGUCUGCCAAAACCAAAGAAGAAGAAGAAGACAACUUCCUUGGCAACGAGAAGCUUGCUGUUCAGUACUGGUUCGAUCUGUUAUGUGUAGGAUGUUCAGCUAAAUGCUAUUGUUUUAUAGUUUUCUGACUUUGUUUUGACGCUUUUUGAACUUUUGUAUAUUCAGUAAUGGGUCCGACGUUGUAUCGAGCGACGUAAGUGAGGAGUAAUAUAACUUAAAGUCAUCAUACGUUAAGUAGCUAACCACUUAGCUUGACUUCACCCCGUCGAAUAUCAGUUAUCAUGUCUGUUUGAGAUGAAUUCCCGCCUUUGCUUUUGUUCGGUUCAGAUAGUUAUUUUAUUUUAUGGACUUAUGGCGCACGCAUCCACAGACUCUGCGUCCACCUCAGGCCCUACCUCCAGCCCCAGAAACGGGGACUCUUCCAGCUCCGGGACCCCUGCUCCCUCUGGUGGGACAGGUACACAGGAGUUUACCACUGCUACGGAAGCGGUCACUAUUCAAACCACUCAGGACUCAACUGAAUCCACUACGACCGUGUCUGAGGUUCCCACUGGGGUCAGUGGACCCCCCUCUGCACCAACCAGCACCAACCCUAGCGAGCCUGAAGUGACUUCCCAAGGUUGUCUCUGCGACUUAACACCGGAUUUCUGUGACAUUGGCUGCUGUUGUGACACGGUGGAUUGUGAUGUUGCAAACUUGAGAACCGUCUUCACUGGAUGUCCACAGAAAGCCAUAUUGGGAGCCUGCAUUGAGAAAUGGCUGAUGUUCCGGGCAAAUGUGAAUUCAUCCCUUGUCACUGUGACGGAUUCAUUGUUUUGUGUCCGGUCCAAAGAUGAUUCACCCAAAUCCCAUCCAGCUCUGCCUCAGUAUAAAGCUUUGGGGGACUCGUAUCACUUCUCCCCACCAGCACCUCUGAGCAUCAGCUACAGCAGAGAUUUCUACCGGGCUGAUGAUGUCAUCCAGACAUAUUUCAUCAACUCCUCUGUGUGGAGUUUUCUUCGUCAGCCAUCUCCACUGGCUGCUGCUGAUUUUUGUGUCAACCGCAAUCCUGCAAAGUUCCUAAGGUCUGGGUCUCUGUCUUGUACCCGAAUGUUGACUCCUCAGUCAUGCACCACAGAUCCAACUCUUAGCGCUCACUCCUACUUCUCAGACAUGAGUUUGAUCAAGGUACCGAUUUUUGAUAUGGUACAAGUGUCUGACUUACUGGUCCCAGUUACUCCAUUGUCUAACUGGCCUUUGCCAAGCAAACAAAACAACUCCUGUGUCAAUGUGGCAGAAAAGGUGGAGUUUGUCAUUGGAUACACAGGCAAAGGGGAGCUCACGUAUGCAACAGUGAACGUAGUCUUGGCUGAUGUCGAUCCAAAUCAGCCAUUGUUGCAGACGCACUCAGUGCAGUUUAAGCUGGAAGAACCCAGUCCCACUCUUGGUGCUCCAGUCCCUGCAUUUGGACUCCCUGCUGGAUCUCCAGUCAUUGGUCGCUUUAAUGAAGAAUUGAAGCCUCUGACCACGCUGGGGUUGUCACAGGGUGGGGAGUGUUCAUCUGACCCAACCAGACGAGCACCCAUCCUCUUCACACACAACUCCAUCACUGGCUGCACUUUCAGCUCUCCGGCUCGUGACUGCUCAGAGCUGCGGUCGCACAUUUACGGGAUCUUGCAGGGGCUCACUACUCCAGAUCUGAUCGCCAUGAACUCAGGAAUUGAACCAAACUGGACAAGGGUCAUCACCCAGGAGUGUCCUGUCAACUUGCAGGAAACCUGUGAGUCAGGCUGUGUCCUACCAAACUCCCUCUCUAUCCGGGUGCUGUGGGCUCGCCAGGGUCUCUUACACCUUCCCCAAAACCACAUCCUUGGGGCCAAGUACAUUUUUAAGUGUCAGAACAUCAAGUGCCCUUUGACAUCCUUUAUCGCUCUAACCACAGAGGUGACAUUUGUGGACACUACAGUUUACCCAGAACGCCCCUUGGGCUCACCCCAGCCUAACUGGAAGUUUCCAUUUGGUUUCUUCACCAGAGGCUCUGCUGAGCUGGACGGGCACCUUGUUACUAACAGCUGUGACACUGACAAGGUCACAUGGAGUUUAAUGCUGUUCACAGUGAUCUUACUAACAGGAUUAGAAUUCUUCUUCAGGUAGCUGGAGCGCUAACAGCACAGCAGGAGGCAAAGAGUUUAGUUGGAUUUCUAACAGGUUAUUUUAUUUAGUAAGACUUUUUACAGCAUUGAAAUGAAAACCCCAUUUAUUU